AUGUCUCCGUCGCAGCUGCCCCUCUUUCCAGAUACACCCCCGGCCCCCUCGGGAGAUUUCCUGGCUGUCCUCUCCCGCCCUGGUCCCUCGCCCUCCCUCCGGGCCCCGCCCCCAACUUUUCCACUGCACUGUCUACUGAGGGGCCGAUCCCACCCAUCGGCCUGGCCCUCCCACCCCCAGUCCAUGCCCCACCACAAUGAUGCCCCUCCCCCCGUAGGCCUUGACAAUGUGAUGGUUCUGCCUGGCCCCAGCCUGCGCUGCAACAGCACCACAGCGCUGUCAGCUGCCCCCCAUCCCUCGCGCUCAGCCGGCUCAGCAGUCAAGCAUUUGCUUGGCCUACAGAAGGUCCACACGGAUUUGGAGGUGUCUUGCCCGGGAUGCUCGCCGCUGCCCGUCCCGGCGACUGUGCGCGUGCGCUCCUCCCCGCCCGCCCUGCCCAGUGACCACUGCCGGACUUUGGGAAGGCGCUGCAGAGGCCGCUCAUGUGACGCCUCCCCCGGACGCCCCGCUGAAGCGCCAGCCGGGCCGAUGGCGCUGGGCCCGCGGGUCCUGGCGCUGGCCUUGUGCGCUCUGCCGCUGCAGUGCCAGGUCACCUCAGCAGCCCGCUCCUUCAGCAUUGAUUAUAGCAGUAACAGUUUCCGCAAGGAUGGUGCUCCAUUCCGCUAUAUUUCAGGCAGCAUCCAUUACUUCCGUAUACCUCCUGCCUACUGGAAGGAUCGGCUCCUUAAGAUGUACAUGAGUGGCCUCAAUGCUGUGCAGGUCUACGUGCCCUGGAAUUAUCAUGAGCCAUUGCCUGGUAUGUACAACUUUGCCGGUGAUAGAGAUCUGGAGGGAUUCCUGGACCUCGUGGCACUGUUAGGCCUGUUGGUGAUCUUGCGUCCUGGACCUUACAUCUGUGCAGAAUGGGAGAUGGGUGGCCUUCCUUACUGGCUACUAGCAAAGCCAGAUAUUGUCCUGCGCACAACUGACCCAGAUUUCUUGCAGGCUGUAGACAAGUGGUUGGAUGUCCUGUUGCCCAAGAUCAAACCCCGUCUCUACCACAACGGAGGCAACAUCAUCAGUGUCCAGGUGGAGAAUGAAUAUGGGAGUUACUAUGCCUGUGAUUAUGACUAUCUUCGCCAUCUGCUCUCUGCCUUUCGUGCUUACCUGGGAGAGGAAGUUGUCCUCUUCACCACUGAUGGCCCCAAAGACCCUGACCUCCGGUGUGGGACUAUACAGGGCCUGUAUGCUACUGUGGACUUUGGACCAGGCGUUAACAUGACACAGGCAUUUGAACGACAGCGAAAAUACGAGCCAAAGGGGCCGCUGGUGAAUUCUGAGUACUACACAGGCUGGCUGGAUUACUGGGGUGAGCCACACUCCACAAGCAGUGCUGAAGAAGUGGCUCGGGGCCUACAGAAGAUGCUACAAGUGGGAGCCAACAUCAACAUGUAUAUGUUCCAGGGUGGCACCAACUUUGGUUACUGGAGUGGUGCUGAUUACAAGAAGAUAUUCAACCCCAUCACUACUAGCUAUGACUAUGAUGCACCCCUCUCAGAAGCUGGAGACCCUACUGCCAAGGUGUAUGCCAUUCGGACGGUCAUUGGGAAGUUUCAGGCAUUGCCUGCAGGACCAAUACCACCCCCUACCCCAAAGUGUGCAUACGGCUAUGUGUCUCUGCCACAGCGAGUAAACCUGCUGGAUAUUCUAAGCCUGCUGUCACCUGUCCAGCCCGUCCAUACUCCCUUCCCAUUGACUUUUGAGGUUAUGAGUCAGGCCCAUGGUUUCAUCCUUUACCGGACCCUCCUGCCACAUGACAUCCUGGAGCCUGUCUCGCUUAGUGUCCCUAAUAAUGGAGUCCACGAUCUUGCCUACAUUCUACUCAAUGGACAAUAUAAAGGGACACUGGAACGGGACAAAGUGAGUGGAGUAAACAUGACUGGACAGGCUGGGGACAUCCUAGAUUUGCUGGUGGAGAACAUGGGUCGUAUCAACUUCGGGGCCAACGUCAGUGACUUUAAGGGUCUGAUCCACAAUGUCACACUGGAUUCAACCACUCUUAUGGACUGGUUCAUCUAUCCUCUGGACAUAGAUUCAGCAGUGGCACACGCGUGGCCCCCAGUUGCUCCAACAAGUAGGGGGAACACAGGACCAGCUUUCUACACUGGAACCUUCACAACUCCUGGCAUCAACUGGGACUCUUAUGUGAAGCUCCCUGGAUGGACCAAGGGCCAGCUCUGGAUUAAUGGUUUUAACCUGGGCCGCUUCUGGCCAGCUCGUGGUUCCCAGCAAACCCUCUUUGUGCCUGGCGUGCUCCUCAAUUCUUCAGCCCCCAAUAUCAUCACAGUUCUGGAAUUGCAGGCAGCUCCAGAGGAGCCUAUAGUGCUCUUCCUCGACCGACCCGUUUUUAAUCGCACACACAGCUCUACCACUAGAGACAUGGAGUAA